AUGGCUUCCAAAGAAACCUCAUGUGGUGUUAGAACCACCAAUUAUCCGGCGAUCCACAAUGCGACUCUUCCGGCAGAUGGUCCAGGUAACAAACAAUUCAACAACUGGAUCAUGAUCUCGUUGAUGCUCGCAGUUCCUGCUUAUGCUACCCAUAGACUUGGUCUUGGCUUAAAAACUUUUGUGUUCCUGUUCCUGCUUUUCGUGCUGCCCAUCCUGCUCGCGUGGUGGACUGUCUUGUCGACUUACUCGCCAAGACUCAAUGAGAAGGUCAAGUUCCCCAACAGAGGAGUGGAGUACUAUUUGGAGUUCCACGAUGAGGAAUUGGCCAAGAAAUAUUCUGGCCAGAACAAGAUUCCAAUGGAGACCUUCCACAACCUUUACUUCGACGGAAAGGUCGAUUUCAAGGGUGAUGUUUUGGACGUCAUGGAGUACAGACACGAUUGGGCAACUUUCAGGUUCACUGCCAGUCUGUUCAAGUUUUUCCUGUUUGGUUUCAUCCCAGAGGUGUUGUUGCACUCCCGGUCCCAAGAUGAAGAGCAAGUCAGAGACCACUACGACCGUGGUGACGACUUCUACGGCUGGUUCCUCGGCGAACGUAUGAUCUAUACCUCUGGUUUGAUUUCCGACAAGAACAAGGCUGAGAGUCUUGAGCAGUUGCAAGACAACAAGCUCAAGGUUGUGUGCGAGAAGAUCGGCCUCAAGAAGGGUGAUUACCUGCUUGAUCUUGGCUGUGGUUGGGGAACUCUUGCUGCCUUUGCUUCUUCCCAGUACGGUGCCAACGUGACCGGUGUCACUUUGGGAAAGAACCAGACAAAAUGGGGUAAUGACCAGAUUGCCAAGUACGGCGUCUCCUCGGACCAGUCUCGUAUUGUUUGCUGCGACUACCGUGACACUCCUCUGCCUCCUCUGUCUCCCGACGGCACCCAGAAGAAGUACGACAAGAUCACUUGUCUCGAGAUGGCCGAGCACGUCGGAGUCAGAAAGUUUUCCGGUUUCUUGAGCCAGGUAUACGACAUGCUCGACGAUGACGGAGUUUUCUUUCUUCAAUAUGCGGGUCUCCGCAAGUACUGGCAAUACGAGGAUUUCAUCUGGGGACUGUUCAUGAACAAGUACAUCUUCCCUGGUGCUGAUGCCUCUACUCCUCUUGGAUUUGUCACUGACUCUUUGGAAGGUGCUGGCUUUGAGGUCGUUGCCAUUGACAACAUCGGUGUCCACUACUCCGCAACUUUGUGGAAGUGGUACCUCAACUGGGUCUCCAACAAGGAUUCUGUCAUUAACAAGUACGGUGCCAGAUGGUUCCGUAUCUGGAUCUACUUCCUUGCCUACUCCACUAUUAUUUCCAGACAAGGUUCUGCUACCUGUUUCCAGAUCACGCUCAGAAAGAACAUCAACUCCUACCACAGACUUGAGGAUCUCGAUCGCCAGGAGGGUAUCUUGGGUCCUAUGUCCAGAUUUGUCAAGUGGGCCAAAUAA